ACCCUUCAUCAUCAAAGUGAGGAACUCCAGCACCUGCAUCCACCAGUCGUCCUCCCUGUGAAACUGCUAAUAAAGCGUCAACCUGAGAAGGCAUUAUUCCCAGCUCCAAGGCGACGUUGUUGUGAUCAGGGAAAACCUGUGCCCGGGCUGGCGGAGUCCCGUCUCGCGGAGUCCCUCCGUGCUCGUCGAGUGGGAGGGUCACACCGGGAGAGACUAAUAAGGGCAGAGAUGCGUCCCCCUUCCCCACUCGCAGGGAGCUCCCUCGGGCCACUCCUCGGCGCUGCGGCAGCCCGCGCGGGCCGGACUCCGCGGCGCCUCUGAGGGGCUCACCCCGCGGCCAAGGUCUGUGGCCAUUGUUCACAUGGUUUCGAGGCACAAUGAGGCACGCUGGCUCUUGGAAACUUUGGCCCUGGGUGGCAGUGCUUCUACUUCCUGCUUCCACUUCCGUGACCGUCCGGGACAAGUCAGAAAAACAGUGUCCUGUACUGAGAACAGAGGGACAUCAGUUUUCACAGGACAACAGAGCUAAACUUGAAGUUUCAGGUUUUGACCUAGGAGAGAGCUUUUCUCUGAGACGUGCAUUUUGUGAAGGUGAUAAAACCUGUUUCAAACUGGGAAGUGCAUUUCUUAUUAGAGAUACCAUUAAGAUAUUUCCCAAAGGCCUUCCUGAUGAGUAUGCAAUAGAAACUAUAUUUCGUGUAAGAAGAAGCACCAAAAAGGAACGGUGGUUUCUGUGGCAGGUUUUAAACCAGCAGAAUAUACCACAGGUUUCUAUAGUAGUUGAUGGCGGAAAGAAGGUGGUGGAAUUUAUGUUCCAGGCUGCUGAGGGAGAUGUGUUGAACUACAUUUUUAAAAAUCGAGAACUCCGUCCUUUGUUUGAUCGCCAAUGGCAUAAACUUGGCAUUGGUAUACAAUCCUGGGGCAUUUCACUCUAUAUGGAUUGUAAUUUAAUUGCAAGCCGGCAUAUAGAUGAGAAGGACACUGUGGACCUUCGUGGAAGGACUGUUAUUGCUGCACGAGCUUCUGAUGGCAAGCCUGUGGACAUUGAACUUCACCAGCUUAAAAUCUACUGUAACUCAAACUUCAUAGCACAAGAAACCUGUUGCGAAAUAUCAGAUACUAAGUGUCCAGAGCAGGAUGGCUAUGGAAGUACUGCCUCAUCAUUGUUACCCGCUCACGCCAGUAAAAUGUCUGCCUAUCUGCCAGUAAAGCAGGAACUUCAAGACCGGUGCCAGUGCAUUCCAAACAAGGGAGAAGCAGGAUUGCCGGGAACGCCAGUCUCACCUGGUCAGAAAGGAGAUAAAGGAGAACCGGGUUCAGGUGGUAUUAAAGGUGAAUUUGGUGCUCCUGGAAUUCCUGGGGAAAAGGGUGAAAAUGGUUUACAUGGAGCUCCAGGCUUACCUGGUCAAAAGGGAGAGCAAGGUUUUGAAGGCAGCAAAGGAGAAAUUGGUGAAAAGGGUGAACAAGGAGAAAAAGGAGAUCCAGGUCCGGCUGGCAUUAAUGGACAAAAUGGUUUGAAAGGUGACUUGGGUCCUCAUGGUCCACCUGGCCCAAAAGGAGAAAAGGGAGAUACAGGACCUCCAGGACCACCAGCCUUAACUGGUUCCUUGGGUAUACAAGGCCCACAGGGUCCACCUGGAAAAGAAGGUCAGAGGGGAAGACGAGGAAAAACAGGUCCUCCAGGAAAACCAGGCCCCCCGGGACCACCUGGACCUCCUGGAAUACAAGGAGUACAACAGACUCUUGGAUAUUAUAACAAGGGAAACCUUGGUGAAUAUGGAGCUCAUGGCCCAAAAGGAGAGAAGGGUGAAACUGGACAACCAGGAUUCCCGGGAUCCAUUGGCCCGAAAGGUCAAAAAGGAGAAUCGGGGGAGUCUCUUUCCAAAGGUGAAAAGGGAGAUAGAGGAGAACCUGGGCUAAUAGGAUCACAGGGAAUAAAGGGCGAACCUGGAGAUCCCGGUCCCCCUGGUUUAAUAGGAAGCCCAGGACUAAAGGGUCAAGAAGGACCUGCAGGCUCUAUGGGACCCAGAGGACCACCAGGAGAUACUGGCUUGCCAGGAGAACAUGGUAUCCCGGGAAAGCAAGGCAUUAAAGGAGAAAAGGGAGAUCCAGGUGGGAUCAUAGGCCCUCCUGGGCUGCCAGGUCCGAAAGGUGAGGCAGGUCCUCCAGGGAAAAGCCUGCCAGGGGAACCGGGAUUAGAUGGAAAUCCUGGAACACCCGGUCCUCGCGGGCCAAAGGGUGAGCGAGGACUGCCAGGGGUCCACGGUUCUCCAGGUGACAGAGGCCCACCAGGGGUGGGAGUUCCUGGCCGAACAGGCUCCCAAGGACCAGCUGGAGAGCCAGGUAUUCAGGGCCCUCGAGGUCUCCCUGGAUUGCCAGGAACUCCAGGGACCCCAGGGAAUGAUGGAGCUCCAGGGAGGGAUGGAAGGCCAGGUUUGCCAGGCCCCCCAGGUGACCCGAUUGCACUUCCUCUCUUGGGAGACAUCGGUGUCUUGCUCAAGAACUUCUGUGGCAACUGCCAAGCCAGUGUCCCCGGGCUGAAAAGCAACAAAGGAGAAGAAACCAGCGCUGGUGAGCCUGGAAAGUAUGAUUCUAUAGCCCAGAAGGGGGACACAGGCCCACGGGGUCCUCCAGGAAUCCCAGGCAGAGAGGGACCAAAGGGAAGCAAAGGAGAGCGGGGCUACCCUGGGAUACCUGGAGAGAAAGGUGAAGAGGGUCUUCAAGGAAUUCCAGGCCUUCCAGGUGCUCCAGGUCCCACUGGACCCCCUGGCUUAUUGGGAAGAACUGGACAUCCUGGUCCUUCAGGAACAAAGGGUGACAAGGGCAGUGAGGGACCCCCUGGGAGACCCGGACCACCUGGACCACCUGGUGUACCAUUCAAUGAAGGAAAUGGAAUGAGCAGUUUAUAUAAAAUCCAGGGAGGUGUGAAUGUUCCCAGUUUUCCAGGACCCCCUGGUCCCCCUGGCCCAAAAGGAGACCCUGGCCCAGUGGGAGAACCUGGUGCAAUGGGGUUGCCAGGACUAGAAGGAUUUCCAGGUAUAAAGGGGGAUCGAGGCCCAGCAGGUCCUCCAGGAAUAGCUGGAAUAUCAGGAAAACCUGGAGCCCCAGGGCCCCCAGGAGUUCCAGGGGAACCGGGUGACAGAGGGCCUGUUGGAGAUAUAGGUUUCCCUGGACCAGAAGGACCCUCUGGAAAGCCAGGAAUAAACGGAAAAGAUGGAUUACCAGGUGCUCAGGGUAUCAUGGGUAAACCUGGAGAUAGAGGCCCCAAAGGAGAACGCGGUGAUCAGGGAAUUCCAGGAGACAGAGGCCCACAAGGUGAACAGGGAAAACCAGGCCUUCCAGGCAUGAAGGGAGCCAUAGGUCCUGUGGGGCCACCAGGAAACAAGGGCUCCACGGGAUCCCCUGGACACCAAGGCCCUCCAGGCAAUCCAGGCAUCCCAGGCACACCGGCUGAUGCAGUUUCAUUUGAAGAAAUAAAGCAGUAUAUUAAUCAAGAAGUUCUAAGGAUUUUUGAAGAGAGGAUGGCUGUGUUCCUAUCACAGCUCAAGCUGCCAGCAGCAAUGUUGGCUGCUCAAGCUCAUGGGAGGCCUGGUCCACCAGGAAAGGAUGGAUUACCUGGGCCACCAGGAGACCCUGGACCCCAAGGCUACCGAGGACAGAAGGGAGAAAGAGGGGAGCCUGGAAUUGGGCUUCCAGGAAGUCCGGGUCUUCCUGGGACUUCAGCUCCGGGUUUGCCAGGCUCACCAGGUGCCCCAGGGCCACAGGGCCCCCCAGGACCUAGUGGAAGAUGUAAUCCAGAAGAUUGCCUCUAUCCUGUGUCUCAUGCUCGUCAGCGGACAGGUGGGAAAUAAAUACACCUGAGGAAGACUUGACAUUGGAGCUAUCUUAAUACUAUCAAACCCUCAUGAUAUGUGGGUGGCUUUUUUUUUCAUUUUGGUUUUUGGUAGGCCAGACAUUAAAAGCACAAUUGGAAUCCUAUUCCUAUAGUAAUUGGGAUAUCAUCAUUUUCAUCUUUUCCCAAAUUCAUUCCAUAUGUUUUGCUUCACCAUUACUAUGAUUUUUAUUCAGGAUCUUCUAUGAAGUAAGCAAGCAAAUCUUAUCAUUAAUUCUUCUUCAAGAUGAAAUUACAUCUUUCGAGUUAGUAGGCUGAGGGUGAUGUAUAUUUUCUAAUCUUAUCAACUUGUCUUUGGCCUUUGAUUUCUGAAUUUUUAAGUUUCAGAUUUAAAGAUUUCUUGGAGUUUAAAUUUACCAUCAUUGCUAAAGAUUUCAACUUUUUCGACAUAAUGCAUUGCUCCUGCUCAAUGUUUUUGACUACUUUUAUAGCUGAAGAAUUCUUAUACUAUCCUAUAUCCAUCCUGCUUAUGCAGAGAAAUAGGCAAUAAGAGCUUCACUUCAUAACUCAUUUUGGAAAAAAACCAGGAAGCUAUUUUAUCAGGGAACCCCAAACCCACCAUAGCCAAUGACUGAAAUGAUUUUGUUAAUUCUGUAUGAGCUCAGUUCAAAGUAGUCACCACUGGCAUGAAUAUGUGCUGCAUGAAAAGAAGAGAACAAAGUCCAAUUGUAUGACAGUUCCACAAGAAAAGCCCAAUACUGCAGUCUCUUCACUGAGCUUCUCAUUUGGGGAACAGAAGGCAGUUUCCCCUAAGAGAUAUUUGAUGGUGAAGGCAUCAAGCUGUCUUUGGUACCUUUGAAGCUGAAAUGGCCUAGCAAGGCUUUGGAGUCCUUGUAUCCAUUACUCUUCCAACUGGAUAACUCUUCGGUUUUAAGACAAGAACUGGCCAUCAGAACAAAGACAGGAUUUGUAGCAAUUGGGAAAGAAACUCCUUGAUCUAGAAGAUGAUGGUGUGAUGUCUGCACAUGCAUAUUGAGGAGGGGAAGCCCAAAAGCUCUUAUGGAGAAACAUUAUUCUCAGGAAGCUGCAGCAAGAGGUACAGGGAAGCCAAGGAAAGCCAUGGGACAUGCAAGUAGUGCUCAGACCAAAGAGUUAGCACUAACUUCAGGGGGAACAGACAUGCAAAGACCGCAUCCUCUGACAAGGAGCGAAAGUACAGUGAUCACCAACCCAAUUACUUACUAAAGUAUUUUUAUUGCCUAGCUAUACAUUAUUCUGAGAGGUUGAAAACCACUGAACAUUGGGCAUGAGGAUGCUGCUGAAAUCUAAGCGGUGAGUGUGUGGCCCAGAGCCCUCCUGCCACAGAGAUGAGGAAGCCCCACCUCUUCAAAGAGCAGUGCAAAUUCUAGUUUGGCUAGAACAGGCUAGAAUGGUUGCUUUUAUCUGUUCAUUGAAAAAAUGAAUUUAGAGAGACAAGCCCACUGAGAUUGGAACAAGCUGUGAACAGGGCUGUGUAGGGAGGCUUUUGUUGAAAUGCACCCAUGAUUUGAACUGGUUUUCAUUAUAGAUGAAUGAACUGCUUGCUGGUCAGGUACUGUUUAUAUGGCUGUGCACACACACAACCUUUGAGUUAUUUCAUAUUGAAUUAUGCUGUAUAUUUCAAUUCCAGGUUUGUUUAUUUUAUUCUCUAAGGUUAUCUUAUUUAUUUCAAAUGUUUUUAACUUUAAAUUGAUUUUUCUUCAUUUUCUUUCCUGUGCAAUACCUACAAUGGUGCUGUGUUUUAGAUGACACGAUUAGAGUAUACAUAUGCAUUUUCUUAGUGAAAUGAUAAAUUAUCCCUCCCAGAAAUGUACAGAGAUCCAAAAUCUGGUGCUAUGUGUAUAUCUUGAGCUUUUAAUUUGUUGAACUUUAAUUUUUUGAAUUUUCUGAAAGCUUACAACUCAUUUGCCACUCCUUAAUUUACUUGAACUUGUCAUGAAGCUACACAUUUUAUAUGUUUUCAAAGAUUAUUUUUUCACAUUAUUUGAUAGGUUGUUUAUCCUUUUGCCUCUUUGCUAACCCAGAAAUACUUAUUUUAGCAUGUUCAUGUUUUCAUGAAUUUUUUUGCUGAUGGUGAUCAAUGUAUUUUUUCCUUGUUUUCUUUGAGUUUCACAUAGUCAUAAAGACUCAGUUCAUUUUCUUGUUUUAUAACUUCUGUUCAUUUUAAUUCCACAGAAUAUAUCAUGCAUCCUUUCUCACCAAUUGUAUAUUUAGGAACCUUUAUUUUUCUAAAUUCCAUUAAUGCUGGGUUGGUUUACUCCUAUUCCAAGAAUUGGAUUUAUUCAGGUGAUUUAAGGAGGAUGGAGAAUUUGAUGUUAUAUGAUGCAUAUUACACAGUAGAGCUCGUUGAUUCAAGCUCAUUUGUUAUAACUGACUUAACCUACCUUUGGCAUAAGUAGAAAAACGGGACGGAGUCCACAUGCAACGAGCUCCUCUCACCCUACGUAUCAUUUACCCACCAACACCUGUUCUUGUCUCCCACAAGCAAGAGCAGUGAGAAAGGCUGGGCCCAGCUAACACAACACCAAACAAAAUGGACAUUCAGCAGUUGCCUAAUUCCCUUAAUAUUAAGAAAGUGGAUAAUUAAGGCCUCAAAGUAGGGUGGGAUAUCUUCCCCUACAUAACGUGGUGGUUGCAAACUCUGUUGUAUCAUUUUAUUCCAUUCCAAAGCAUUUGUUUACUUUCAGAUAGAUGUCAGUGGUGUCUACAGCAGGGAAGAAGAAUUAUCAAAUUUCCUGAAUUAAAAAAAAAAAAAAAAAACAAAUUUCCUGAAUUAUCUCUUAUUUGGAUUCCAGAAUAAUUAUAGGCCAGGAUGACAAUUAGUAAUUAAAACUAGGUUUGCCCUAUAUAAGUAGGUUUAGGUUCCAGUCUAACAUUUUAUACCAAGAUCAAUUAACACUUUCAGAUAAAAUUCUUUCUAAGCAAAGAACAAGAUAUGACUUCAAUUAAUAUUCAUAGCCUUUGGAAUCUAAAGAAAAGGAAGAAUAAUUCAUGAGUUUGUUCAUUGUUCUUUCCUACUGAAUACAUUAACCACUUCUUCCUAACUAUAAGAGAAACACGCCAGUCUUAACCGUGAAAUUUCUCACUAUGUGAUCACAGUAAUUUAAUUAAUGAUUUUAAAGUAAUCCCAUACAUAUCUCUAUAUUUCAUGACAUUGUUGAAAUUAUAAAUUUUGUCACUUGCAGAACUUAAGUAAUUAUCUUAAGAUAUGUUAUAAUAAUGCCAUUUAAUGUUUGGAUUAUAAAAUAUUUUUUUAUGAAUAUGUUUUAGGAGUUAAAUAAGACUUAGCUUUUCUGCAGUCUUUCUCUUCUGUUGAGAAACUAUGAUAUACCUCCUUUUGUCCACAAGAUGGUGUUUAAAGAGAUUUGAAUCAGAAGAACUGAACAGACUUGCAGAAAUACAAGGCUAGAAAUAGUUUAGUGGACAACUAAAUCAGACCCUUGCCUUUGCACUUAUUUUAUUUUUUUUACUUUUGUAAAUAAUUUCUUAUCAAUUUGUGUUUUGUUAAUUUGUUUUGUUAAUUUAUGUUCUUCCUCAUUUUAAGUAUCUUUAUGAAGAAGGCACAAUAACCUGUGAUUCCUGGCUGUUUCCACUUUAUUUCUUAAGUGGAUUUAUAUACCUGGUUAACUUGCAACUUUACUAUUGGUAACUUUAGUUUGUAUACAACCCUCAUAUUUUAGUGAUUAACAUGAAAACACCUACUUUUCAUCCUACUUUUUUGACAGGAUACUCUCUUUUGAUGGACAAGUAAAAAGCACUUAGCUUAUCUCAAGAAGUAGACCACAUUGUAUAAAAUUAUACAAUAUCUAAAUCUCCAUAUUGUUCAAGAUACUUAAAAUUUUUAAAUUUAAAAAUUAGAUUUGUACAAUGUUUCUAUUUUUCUAGAAAUAUAUCAUUAUUUACAAAAGCAAGAUAAGCAUCACUAUUUUUCAAAUUACCAUUAUAAUUUUCCUAACGGUGGUAAUAAUACCCUGAGAUUGAGAAUUUCUAGGUUAAAUUAUAUUCUUCAGUUUUUUUCAAUGAAUUCUCAGAAUCAUUUUGCAGAUUGGUUCAUUGCUUUUGUUCUUCAUUUUUUUUCACAUUUGCCUGUGUUCACUUUCUUAAGACACAUAAGUGUUUAUUGUUCUUUCUUCCCAAUGUUCUCUCUUAGUACUUUAGUAUUGAGGGACAUGCCCUUUAUCUCAACCCCUUCUAUCCUCUUUCCUCUCACAGAGACUACACAGGCUUCUCAGAGGAGGAAAUGAAGGAAAGAAUUGAAUUUGUAUCUUUUAUGCCUUGGUAUUUCUAAGUGACUUAGCCCAUUGAAGUCAUUGAUUAGUUGGCUGGCAGUGGUAGCAUUAAUUCUAUUAAUUUUUAAUCACUAGGAAACUCAGGAAACAAGACAAAUGGAUGUCUUCAGUUUUACUAUGUUGGGUAGCUGGAGCUAUAAUCCAAACAUUUUACUCAACAAAAUCAUGCCAGACUAACUGAUCGAUUUAAACUGAAUGAAGAACUCAUUGAGCACAGAGAAAAUUCACUCAGACAAGCAGACCCAAAAGAGCAAGAACUUACCUCAAAGAUAAGGCAGGUUUAUAAAACCAAAGCCAGGUCUAAAAAAUUUUGUGUUCAGAUAAUACAGUAAUAAGUGAUAGGUACAUGGUACUACUCAAGGAGUUAGCUACUUGCUUUAUGUAUUUGUCAAAAGUGAAUGCUAAUCAAGUAGGAGAUUUCAUUAAACUUACGCGGUAUUUCAAUAAGAAUUAAGUUUAUCAUAAAGGUGUGUGUAGUCUGACCGUAAUAAGCUUAUGGAUAUAAAGAUGCUAAUUAAUUUACAUUUUUUUAAUUUUGCUGUAUUAUUUAAAGUAUAUUGUAGGGAUAAAUAUUUUUCAGUGUACUGAUGUAUUUAAAUUCAGAUUGUUUUAUGGCAUAUUUUAUAACUAUUUAUUUUUAAAAUGACAUUUAAGGUGUAUUUUUUCCCUAUUUUGUUUGUUCUCUAUCUUACCUCAUCCAACUACUUAAGAUUUCAUUCGACAUACUCAAGCUAAGUGGAAUGGCACUAGUUUUAUUCUAAAUCCCACUUGGAUAUAAUGCUUUGAAGCCUUGAUUCCUCUAUGUUCAUGAUACAUAAUGAGCUUUUCGCUUAUCUUAGCAAUAAAGGAUCUGACCCUAAAUCAGGGAAUUCUAAGGUGUGGUUAUUAACAUCAUUUCUACUCUUCACCGCCUCACCACUUCUUGUGGCUGAAGCUCCACACUUCAGUUCCAUUCUGGUAGGUCUCAACCACAAAGAUGCCCCCAAAGCACUCGCAUACCAAGCAUGAGCCACACAGAUGUCCAGGGAACCUGUAAACUGGACUAUUGCAGGUUCAUGUUUAUACUGUGCUGGAAAUUAUGCUUUUGCUUGUCACAGGAAUCAGUGCUUGGUUCACAAUAAUUAAGUUUAUUACCCAUCUCCCUGGGAGCUCAUAAAAAGCCUGGUCUAAUGAUUGUGGAUAAAGAUUACAAGCAGAAACAAAAGUCGGAGAACGAUCCAUCCUUUGCAGCUUUUGUCCUACAAAAGUGAUCGCCUCACUAAAGUCAUUUAAGACUCAUUGGUAUAGAGGGGCCUGAGCAAGAUAAGAAAUAUCACAGUUAACUCUCAUAAAUAUAAGCUCUUAUGUCAUUAAUGAUAAGGAAAUAAGAAACAUAGCAUGUUUAUUUAACAGAAAUUGAUUUUAUCAAAAUAUGCCAGUGGAUUUACAUGUCUGCUUAGACUGGGAAAUGAUUUACAUAGUUCUUAACUAUUCUCAUCUUCAGGUCCCCUUAUUAUAUAAUAAAUUAACCAGGUGCUCUCUAAGGAAUAUUCUCAAGCCUUUUCUCAGACAGAUUUUCAACUUGGAGGCUAAUGACAAAUUCAAAUAAAUCUUAAAAAGAAAAGUAGUUUCUUGGAGCCAGUUUCCCUCAUUUGUUCUCUCUCUAGCUAUUCUUAGAAAACUUGUUGGAAUCAAGAGUAAGAUGUGGAAGCAUGUGAAGGAGAAAGGACAGAUUGCCGUUUAUUAAGACUAAAAAUAAUAUGAUUGUUCCCUUUCUGAUAACUGGAUCUAACAAAUAUAUUACACUUCCCCUCACUAAUCAUUUAAAGAGCAUUUGAGCAUGUGUAUUUACAGUCAUACCUUAUAAUGGUUAACAAUUUUUACUUAAUAUUUACUGAACCAUAUGCACUUAAUACCACCAUUCCAGAUCAAAAACUCACUGAAUACAAUUAAGUACAACUGAAGAGUAUUUUACUCAAUUAAAAAAAAAUACGUGGCCUAUAUUUAUAGAGCACAAGUAUUCUUUAUUAAAAAUAUUUAAAACCACUUAUGUCCAUUGCAAAAUUUAUAAGUGGCAAAAUCACUACUUUGCCAGUACUUUUUCUCAUUAGUACUUUUUCACUUCUUUUGCCAGGGCUAACAGAAAAAGGGGAUUUUCUUUAUAUUUGGUAUGAUUCUAUGUAUUUUUAGUUAUCUUCUUCCUAUAUUAAUUUUUAAUUAUAGAUAUUAUAUGUCAGAAACACUGUUGCAGCCAAAAAAUCAAAUAAUACAGUCAGAGGUGAUCUUCUAAAGCAGGGAUUUACAUCAGCUUAUUUCAGAUGGCAAAUAAGUCAGAUUUUAGUAAUGUUGAAGAAUAGCAAUAUUCAUUUAGACAGCUUGACAUAUAAAGUGUCUAUAAUCAAAUCAAUCACAUAAUUGAUAUGACUACUCAUUCAUACUCUUCUGCUAGACAGAAGUCAAUUAUCCCAAACCAUGCCAGUGAAUUUUUGUGCUCACUCAACCUGGGAAGUGAUUUCCAUAGUUCUUAACCAACCUGUCAGAUAUUUGGGAUGAAAAUCAUAUCGUAAUGCCAUAGAAGCACUGACUAGAAAUAAAUGAGCAAUCAUUUGUCCUUGAGUAACAUGCCAGUCUCUAACCAACCUUAAUUAUUCACAGACUCUUCUCUCAGAGAGUGCUUCAUCCAACUUUUAAAAAUACCUCAAAGAUGUUUGGAAAUAUCUAUUUUGCUAGAGAGAAAGAUUUGGCUUAAUUAAAUAUCAACGCUCUUUCACUGAAGAGGAUUUGCUGGAUGUUUUUCUUUGCAAUUUCUCAGUCAAGUAUUUACUGCUUCUGUAAACUAUUUCACUUAACUGAAUUUACAAUGGAUUGUUCCCACCAUUUGGAAUGUGCUGGUUUGCAUAAUCUAUUUGUAAGUGGUUGUUUCCAAUAUUGCUUAUGGUAUCCGUGGAGCUUGUUCAGCCUUUUAUAUAUCAAGUUUGUAAAAUAGUUAAAUGAACUAUUCUUUGAAAUUUUAUUUUUUAAAAAUUUUCUUAUGAAUACAAUAUUAUAGAACUGGGAAACCUAUUUAUUUGGUUAAUUUUUCUUUUGCUGUAUUUGAUUAUGUCACUCCAGUAAAAAUAAAACCAUCUUUGUGAAAA